GACAUCGGGCUCACGGGGACUCAACAGGACUCUAGCUGUGGAGUCUGGCCUAGCACAGCUCCCACCCAGCUUUCUAGGGACAUCGGGCUCACGGGUACUCAACAGGGGCAGUUCAUAACCUGGGUGGUCUGUGCGCACAACAGGGACAGUUCAGGACACAGGUGGUUGAUGCGCACAACAGGGACAGUUCCAGACAUGGGUGGUCGGUGCGCACAACAGGGACAGUUCAGGAGACGGGUGCUCGGUGCCCACAACAGGGACAGUUCAGGACACGGGUGGUCGGUGCACACAGCAGGGACAGUUCAAGACAUGGGUGGUCGGUGCACACAGCAGGGAAAGUUCAGGACACAGGUGGUCGGUGCGCACAACACGGACAGGUCAGGACACGGGUGGUUGGUGCGCACAACAGGGACAGUUCAGGACACGGGUGGUCGGUGCGGACACCAGGGACAGUUCAUGACACGGGGUGGUCGGUGCGCACAACAGGGACAGUUCAGGACACGGGGGGUCGGUGCGCACAACAGGGACAGUUCAGGACACGGGGGUCGGUGCGCACAACAGGGACAGUUCAGGACACGGAGGGGGUCGGUGCACACACCAGGGACAGUUCAGGACAAGGGUGGUCUGUGCACACAACAGGGACAGUUCAUGGCUUCUAGGGACACAUACGAUAGGUGUCUUGCAGGUGCUCAGCAGCAGGCGGCUUCCAGAGGGGGGUAGGCGACUUGCGGACGCUCAGCAGCAGGCGACUUCCAGG